AUGCAUUUCCCAUCACUGCCGACAGCCCUUCUCCUGACACUCACAUUACAUAGUGGGGUGAACGCAGCUGCCUCUGACGACAAGAAGACGAAGCCCUCGGACCCCUGUACUGUUGCAUCUUCCACUGGAUCAUUUUAUGAUCUGAGAUCACUUGCCAUUCUGCCACCGGCGGACGACCAAAAGAAACCAGCAAAGGGGGUGAAGACGGAUGAUUGGCACGCUCGAGGAUGGGAUUAUCAUGAUGGCAAGGCCAAUUUCACCUUGAAUAUCUGCGCUCCGGUGGUAGACCCUAUAAAGGAUGUUGAGGGUAUUAGCCACGAUCUUUGGAAGAACGUCAGUGCCUACUACGAGAUAGGCUCGAAGAAGUAUUCUCUUGGACAGCAAUCCUCGAACCUAACUGUCCGCGGAAAAAGGCUGGUACUACAAUAUACAAAUGGAUCGCCAUGUGGGAAGGAUAAGAAUGGACGGGCAGUCAAGGACGACGAGGGCGAUGACGAAAAGGAUAAAAAAGGGGUGCGCCGAAAGUCAGCUUUGAUCUCUUUCCAUUGCGACAAAGACCCUCUCGCAACCGGAGCGACACCCUCGUUCGUUGGCACAGAUCCGGAUGAGUGUUCCUAUCAUUUCGAGGUUCUCUCCACAGCUGCUUGUGUUACUGCCGAGCCUGCAAAGCAAUCUGUCGGUCCAGGGGCAGUCUUUGCCAUUAUUGGAGCUAUUGCCAUCAUAGUUUACUUCCUCGGUGGUGUAUUCUAUCAACGAAAUGUGGCUCAUGCACGGGGGUGGAGGCAACUACCGAAUUACAGCAUGUGGGCUGGUAUUGGGAGCUUCAUAAAGGUGAGCGGAAAUACACUUCUCCAGCCGUUGAAGCAGAGAGUUUUCCCUCGGGUUACUUCAGUUCGGGAAGGGAUUUUGCCUACUAUGGAAGUGCGGCCGUCCGCUGGCCGAAAAUCUCACAAAGGCUAUAUGUCGAGGUCGUCUUGGGACGCCACCCAUCUCUCAUAA